AUGUCUGAAGUCUUUCGUGUUGACCCUCGACCUGUGUCCAUGCACGGUCCUGGCGCCACAUAUGACAAGCACUCCAUGAAAGGGCGUCAAAACUCAGAAAAAGAUCGUCAAAAAGGGACUCAUUCAGAUGAUGAAGAAAAGCGACUAGCAAGACCGAGCAAACUCAGCGGGAACGGCGUUGGAUCAGACGAGAAGCAUUUUUAUGACUCGCAGAACAUCACCGAUAAUAAGAAACUGGAGCCCCAGGCGGAUGAAUCCUGGCAUCGAAAUGAUUCACCGCGAACGGAGCAGCGGAAAGCACAAAGUACGAUUCCCCAAUGA